UUUUAUCAGCACGUCUGAAUAUGAAACUGCAAAAACGCAAAUUUUUGCUAGACGUGGAAAUGGUUAAAGUGUAAAGUCAUUUGUUACUAAUCUUAUCUUUUGAUCCAAUAUAAGUGUCUCACAAGACGAGAUUGUCAUUUAAAAUAACAAAUCUCAACGAGAGACAUGAUUUUUCUCGCGUUGUGUUUAUCAAUAUUGGCCUUUUCGCAAGCCGCAAAAUGGGACAAUGUGAACAUUGCAGUUGUGGAGUAUCAGCCAGUGGAUAACGUUUCGUUAAACGCGAAACAAUACAUCGAAAUUUUAAAAAACAUAACAAAUACUAAGUUGGAUUUGGUCGUUUUCCCUGAAGAUACACUUCGUUCGGAUCGAAACACGUCCGUCGAAUUCAAAGUGUUGGACACUCCGUGCGAUUCCGACACUUUUGCCGAUUUUUUACACGAUCUUUCAUGUGCUGCUCGAUUGUCACGUACUUACCUCGCUGUAAAUCUUGUCGAAAAAGUCAAAUGUGAUAAAAGUGAAGCGGACUCGAGCGAUAAUUGCAAAAAUUACGGGUUUUAUUUCUACAACACUGAUGUGAUUUUUGACCGUAAUGGCACUAUUGUUAACCGUUAUCGCAAGUAUAAUCUUUUCGGUGAGUACUCAAUGGACAGGCCUGAGACACCCGAAGAGAUUGUUACUGAGACCGAUUUUGGCUUAAAACUUGGAGUUUUUACGUGUUUUGAUAUUUUGUUCAAAGCCCCAGCUCAGGAACUGCUUAAAGAUGGAAUCGAUGCUGUGAUUUACCCCACGAUGUGGUUCUCAGAAUUGCCGUUUUUGACCGCAAUGCAGGCGCAACAAAUGUGGUCUUACGGCCACAAUAUCACACUUUUUGCUGCGGGGGCUAACAGUCGCUCCGCCGGAAGUGGCGGAAGUGGUGUUUAUCGCGGUGUCAAAGGUCUAACAGUUGGGGGCGUUGUGGCAGAGGGUGGAACCCAAGCUUUUAUUUAUCAAGGUGAUGACAAAAAACAAGCGAGUGAAGAUGUGGACGAAUUGGCGAAAAAAAUGGACGGUUUUCACUUGAAAGUUGAUGACAGUGUUCAAGAUUACAAAACUGUGGUUUUGAACACGUCUGUUAAAUCCACAAAGACUGAGCUUUGCUACGAGAAUGAGGACAAGGAACAGUUUUGUUGCAAUUUUACAGUCGAGACAACUUUAGAUGCAAUUAAACCCGACUUAAACUUUUACACUUAUCGCCUAGUGGCGUUUUCGGGGAUUCGGUCAUAUUCAGGCGUUGCCAAUGGUGGGAUUGAAAUUUGCGGGAUUAUCGCCUGUUUGAAUAAUUCCCUAACUUCGUGUGCCCAAAGAUUCCCGAAUUAUGAUAAAGUCCAGUGGCCCGUAACGUUUGAAAAAAUCACAAUUUCCGCAAAUUUUGAGAAGAGCGAAAAUCAUACGCAAUUUCCCAACUCACUUAAAAGCUCCAUACGACCGAUAGACACAACUGAAACGGCCUGGAGUGGGUCACAAGUCACACGAGACGGAAAAGAUUUGAUAGAGCGCAAGUUUUCCAUAACUAAGCCUCAGAAUAGGUUGCUAACUUUCGCUAUUUUUGGACGCAACUUUGAACAAGACUCCACGCCACGUGAUGAUAACAACUCAAGUGGCCACUUAUCCGCACUUUGGGUUUUAUUGUGCACGUCAUUGUUUGUCUUGUAUGAAAUAAAGUAAAGUUGCUCACCCUUUUA